ACCAACGUCCGUUGUGUUGAAAGUUUUUGGCGGAUUUUUUGACUUUAUUUAGCGAACGUUACGUAGGAACAGACGUUUCUAAACGGAUUAUUUUAUAUUUAUAGAACAUGGAAAGAUCCAGGAUGAGCCGAGCAUCCAGCAGUAGGCUCUCUGAGCUCCCUCAAAGAGUUGAAAGCAACAGAAUGAGCAUGGUUUAUGCAACACCGCAGAGCAAACAACCAUCCUUCGGAAAGUUGAACAUUCCUAAGCCCCAAUCUGUCUCAUCCGAGAGAAGAACCAGCUUUUUUGGUAGUCGGACCAGUGGGGCUGGCAUGGCUCGCAACAGCACCUUUGGAGCCUUUGGAGGUGCAGAGAAGAUGAAGGAUCCCCGGCCCUUACACGAUAAGGCCUAUGUUCAGCAGUGCAUCAGACAGUUGUGUGAGUUUCUGUCAGAGAAGGGCUUUCCAGGUUCAAUGUCGGUCAAGUCUCUCCAGUCGCCCUCCACCAAGGAGUUCCUAAAGAUCUUUGAGUUCAUCUACUGCCUCCUGGACCCCACCUUCCAGAUGCCCACCUCCAAAGUGGAGGAGGAGGUCCCCAGGAUUCUCAAAGACUUGGGGUAUCCAUUUGCGCUCUCCAAAAGUUCCAUGUACUCUGUUGGGGCACCACAUACCUGGCCACAGGUCUUGGGGGCUGUUGUCUGGCUCAUCGAUACUGUGAAGAUCUUUUGCUGUAUGAGUGAACAGGACCUGCUCUUUGCUGAUUUCUCUGACGGAAGCACCGAGAUUGAGGAGGGGGUUGAGUUCAACAAGCUCUUUCUGGACUACACUGCUGAAACCUACAAUAAGUUCAUGCAAGGAGCGGAUACGUUUGAAGAAGAGGAUGCAGAGUAUCUUGCUAAACUAAAGAGACUUUACAACGUUGACGAAGCGCUUCUCGCGUCCAUGGAGGAGAAGUACAGGAUGCUGAGGGAUGAGGUUGAGCGACUGGAGAAAGAAAGCCAAACGGACCGAUUGAUGGUCAAAAGAACAGAGAAAGUCAAACUUCAGACAGACCUGCAGAAGCUGCAGAGUUAUCGAAGUAACCUGGAGUCUUUCAAAGCCAACCUGGAGAACAAAGCCUCUGGAUUGGCCGAGGAGCUGGAAUCAUCAGGACUGCAGGUGGAGACCCUAAAACAGGAGGAGUCCCGGCUCCAACACAUCUUGUCCACCCAGAAGUUCACCCCCGCAGACAUUGACAGGAUCAACUGGGAGAAGAGGGAACUGCAGCAGACCAUCAACAGCCUGAGCAAGAGCCUGGAGCAGGCCGAGCAGCACAUGUGGAACGAGGAGAUCACUCUGGCCAAGGUCAAAGAGACGGCCGAAGUGAAGCUAGCCGAGUACCACAAGCUUGCCCGCAAACUGAAGCUCAUCCCUGUGUCUGCUGAAAACGCGUGCGGCCACGACUUUGAGAUCAGGACCUCCACAGAAUAUGGACCGUCCACCAUGGUUCAAUGCAGAACUCAGAUUCAACAACCACUGAGGAAACUGAUCACUGAUGUGGAAGAGGAGUGUAGUCGACUGACAGACAUGAAACUAAGCCUGGAGGAGUCCAUAGAACAGGUGAAUUCCAAUAUUUCCGAAAAAGCAAAUGACUUGAAACAACUCAGAGAGCAAAUCCGCAGGCUCGACGAGCAGCUCGAACAAGACAUGCAGGACAUUGCCCAUGAGGAGCAGAAGUGGUCUGCUGAGAUGGAGUCUGUGGAGAACCACCGCAAGCUGCUGGAGAAGAAGGUGACCCUGGGCUAUGACGAGGCUGUGGAGCAGCUGAAAGCUGCACAGCAACAGUACCAUCUUGUCCUGCAAGAAACCAAUGAGGAGCGGCGGACUGUGGUUAACAACCUUGCCAGUGUGUUCACCACGGCUGCCAACCACCUGUCCAUUGUGGAGAAAUUCUUGGAGGAUCAACACAAGCGAGUAGACAGGGUGUACACGGAAGCCUUCCGGGAGGACGAGGUGGACAUUCAGAAGUUGAAGGACAUGAUGGAGAGCUUCAUCACUAAAGCAAACAGCUUGUAGUGCCACGCGUUACUAUAAAAGCUGCCAUGAGCUCUCUAACUCUUUACUUGGUUAUUCAAUUAAUUCCAUUGGAACAAUCCCAGCGGGCAAAACUUGGUUUAAUGACGUUGUUACAACAGAAACUAGUUGAAAUUACGUUGUGACAACCAGAAACUAGUUGGAAUGACAUUGUGACAACAGAAACUAGUUGUAAGGACGUUGUGACAACCAGAAACUAGUUGGAAUGACAUUGUGACAACAGAAACUAGUUGUAAGGACGUUGUGACAACCAGAAACUAGUUGGAAUGACGUUGUGACAACAGAAAGUAGUUGGAAUGACAUUGUGACAACAGAAACUAGUUGGAAUGACGUUGUGACAACCAGAAACUAGUUGGAAUGACGUUGUGACAACCAUAAACUAGUUGUAAGGACGUUGUGACAACCAGAAACUAGUUGGAAUGAUGCCAUUGACAUUUUUUCAACCAGUUUUGCCUGUUGGGAUGAGUGCAGCUUUUCUUCUCUUCUAAGUGACGUGUUUACUGACCACAGUGAGCAUAACAUCAGUUCCAAACGGCCGCGCCAUCUUCUGCAGUUUCCCUGGUCACUGCUCUAAAGCAUUGGGAACUUGUGAGACCAGAUGGGCAUGCAGACUGUAUUGGGUGCUGGUAGAAAUCAUGGAUCAAAAUGAGUUUUACUUUGUUCAAGUACCCUUGGGUUAGGUAAUGGACGAACUGUUGUUAAACCCCUUUUUGUAAAGUAUUUUAUUGUGGUGUUUCUCAUCUGUUGAGCACUAGAGGGCAGUGUAAGGCUAUAUUUACAGUACAGCAGUUUCUGGUCAGCUGAAAUAUAUAUGGUUAUUUGUUUUUCACUGCAGUUUGUGAUGCUUUAAAUAAAGUUAUGUA